AAAAAAAGCUAAACCCCUAAUCCCCUAAACCCUUCACAUAGCACAAUUCCUAUUCGUCUUCGUUCGUUAUUGAUCUCUCGCUUCUCCUUCGCACUCUUCUUUGCUGUUUGUUCUCAAUACUUCAGAUUAAGCUUGUUAAUCACAAUUGCGGCGCCGUUUUUUACUUUUCAAAGCCGAUACAUUUUAUCGUACCAUGUUACAUUUCAUCUAUGGCCAGGUUUAGAUUACCUCGUACCAGUUUCUGUCGUGUUUCUUCCUUCUCCUCUAUUUCCUUCAAACCCCAUUUGCAAAAUGACAACUUUUCUGAUACAAAACAACAACUUACUUCAUUGUGUUCCAAAGGGCACAUAAAAGAAGCCUUCGAAAGCUUCAUAUUCAAGAUAUGGACAGAACCACGUUUGUUCUCAAUUCUCAUCCAAUCAUGUAUUCGUACAAACUCUCUUUCUUUAGGAAAACAGCUUCAUUCUUUGAUUUUCACUUCUGGGUGUUCCUCAGACAAGUUUAUUUCCAAUCACAUUCUUAAUCUCUACUCAAAAUUUGGUGAGCUUCAUGCUGCUGUUAAACUGUUUGAUCAAAUGCCGAGGAGGAACAUUAUGUCGUGUAAUAUUAUGAUCAAGGCAUAUCUUGAAAUGGGGAAGACUGAGAAUGCCAAGAUGUUGUUUGAUGAAAUGGCUGAGAGGAAUGUUGCUACGUGGAAUGCGAUGGUUACUGGGUUGAUCAAGUUUGGAGCAAAUGAAGAGUCUUUGUUAUUUUUUUCGAGGAUGAAUGGGCUGGGUUUUGUUCCGGAUGAGUAUUCAUUUGGUAGUGUGCUUAGGGGAUGUGCACAUUUGAGAGCUUUGUUUGCAGGGCAACAAGUUCAUGCUUAUGUUGUGAAAUGUGGGUUUGAGUUUAAUUCGGUUGUUGGAUGCUCUUUGGCUCAUAUGUAUAUGAAAGCUGGAAGCUUGCGUGACGGGGAGAGAAUUAUCAGAUGGAUGCCGAAUUGUAAUUUGGUUGCUUGGAAUACACUUAUGGCUGGGAAAGCUCAAAGUAGGUACUUUGAGGGAGUUCUGGAUCAUUACUGUAUGAUGAAAAUGGCAGGAUUUAGACCUGAUAGGAUUACUUUUGUGAGUGUUAUCAGUUCAUGUUCGGAGUUAGCCACCCUUUGUCAAGGGAAGCAGAUUCACGCUGAAGCAAUCAAAGCAGGAGCUAGUUCUGUAGUUUGUGUAAUUAGUUCAUUGGUUAGUAUGUACUCUAAAUGUGGAAGUUUGCAAGAUUCCGUCAAAGCAUUUUCUGAAUGUGAAGAGCGAGAUGUUGUAUUAUGGAGCUCAAUGAUUGCGGCUUAUGGGUUUCAUGGUCAAGGGGAAAAAGCCAUCAAGCUAUUCAAUGAUAUGGAGCAGAAGAAUUUGGCGGGAAAUGAAGUUACGUUCUUGAGUUUGCUAUAUGCUUGUAGUCAUUGUGGACUGAAGGAUAAAGGGCUUGAUUUCUUUGACAUGAUGGUAGAGAAGUAUGGACUCGAGGCUAGACUAGAACACUAUACUUGUGUGGUUGACCUACUAGGCAGGUCUGGUUGUUUAGACGAGGCAGAGACCAUGAUAAGAUCCAUGCCUGUAAGAGAAGAUGCAAUUAUAUGGAAAACAUUAUUAUCUGCAUGUAAACUCCACAAGAAUGAAGAAAUGGCAAAAAGGGUUGCUGAAGAAGUUCUUAGGAUUGAUCCUCAAGACUCAGCUUCAUAUGUUCUACUUGCUGGUAUUCAUGCUUCAGCCAAUAGGUGGCAGAAUGUUUCUGAGGUGAGGAGAGCCAUGAAAGAUAAGAUGGUGAAGAAAGAGCCAGGCAUAAGCUGGGUAGAAGUGAAGAAUCAGGUUCACCAGUUCCAUAUGGGUGAUGAUUCCCACCCAAAGUCUGUGGAGAUUAAUCGGUAUAUGGAAGAAUUAACUUCAGAAAUGAAGAUGCGGGGCUAUGUGCCUGAUAUUAGCGCUGUCUUGCAUGACAUGGACAAUGAGGAAAAAGAAUACAACUUGACACACCACAGCGAGAAAAUAGCUAUUGCUUUUGCUUUAAUGACCAUCCCAAAAGGAGAGCCAAUAAGAGUGAUGAAAAACUUGCGGGUUUGUGGUGACUGUCAUGUUGCAAUCAAGUACAUAUCAGAGAUUAAAAACAGAGAAAUUAUUGUGCGAGAUUCAAGCAGGUUUCACCAUUUCAAACAUGGGGUAUGUUCUUGUGGAGAUUAUUGGUAAUUCUAUUCCUUACUUUCCAUCUUGGAACUCCUUCAAGAUCUUGCAGCGCUUGCAAGUAAGAUAUACUAUGAUCAAGUUCUUGCUAUGGCUCCACGGCUAAUCAAUUUCCUUCUCAUUUAUUGUUGUUGCCAAAAUUUGGAAGAACUCGGUCCAGCAAAAAUUUAAAUGAACACUCAAAAUUUGGAAGAACCUCGGAUGUUUCCAAGAAGACUUGAUCACUCUCACGAGCAAGGUGGGGAUAGAGUACCUGCAAUAACUUUGAGAUCAAAUCACUUAUCGAUACCCUCACUUUGUGUUCUCAUAUAACAGUUGAGUGAGAGGUUAUUAGAUAAAUGCAUAGGAAACAUGUUAGUAGUGAGUGGUUGUAUCCCUGUAAUUAAAUUACUACUGAUAACUGGGCAUGACCACCGAGAAACAUACAUGAUGUGGACUCCACUCGGUUGUGACAAAACAUUACUAUAUAUAGUCAGUCUACCUUCCAUGAAAGGGCAAUUGUUGCAAAAACUAAAAAAUGGAUGAAGGACAUGUUGAUUGGAGAUGGAAUUCUUAAUUCAGCCAUAUCAGAUAUACCAAACUAUGAAAACAAAUGGAAAAAUCAUUUUAUACGAUGAGAAAACAAGCACGAUGUUGUUUAUAUAACUGGGGCUGGAAGGUUCUUCGAUGACAUUACAUAUUACUUGAUACUAAAAGACUCGGCAAAAAUAUGGAUUUAAAAAAAAGGAAGCUUAAGAGGGAGCAACUGGCAAGAAACUGAUCUCAGUAUCCUACUUUGAAAACUAGUUUUCCCUCUUACAUGGUUGAUUUGAACAAGCCGCUGCCAUAUGAAUAACUCAAGUCGUUCACAUUCACGCUAUGCUUUUUAUCGUUCUAUUCCAGCAUUGCAGCAUGGGAAAGCACAGGGGUGUAUGCCAACCUGCUGUCACGGUUGCAGCACAGAGUACCACUGUCAAGGAAGUGAUCUUUGAUAUUUGCUGUCAUGAAGAGAAAGACGUGUCUGGGAAAAUUGCUAUGUUGAUAUGGGUUAUAUGGAGUAAUAGAAAUAAUUGGGUAUAGAAUGGAGAGAAGGAAAUAGCACAGCAACUUGGUAACAAAGCCUUGCGGUUAUGGGAGGAAUGGCUAGCUGCUCAAAUUAUGCGAAAUCGAGCUACACAAAUUCUGCCACGGAACAGCAGCAGACGCAGUGGCAUAAACCGAAUUUUGGUUGGUUUAAAUGUAAUGUUGACGCGGGAUUUCACAAUGUGGAAGGAAAGACAAGCUCGGGGUUGUGCGUUCGUGAUCAUGAUGGUCGGUUUGUAGUGGCAGGUACCUCGUGGACGUAUAGGCCUCUCAAAUGUCAUUUUUGAAACCGACUCCAUAAGUAUUGUGGAUGCAAUCCAUCAUCGACUCAUUCACUCAAUGAUAUUUCUGAAUUUAGUUCUUUAAUUGUAAUGAUUAAUAAUGUAUUGUACUUGUUCAAAAAAAAUAAAAUAAUGUAUUGUUAGCUUAUGCGAUAGAGUAAUAAUUUUUGUAUGAACGAGGCAGUGCAGUCAUUAUAUUAUUUCUGUGUGCAUUGACUGAUUAGUGCUAUGCAAUAUGCUUUUGUC